AUGCCUCAGCAAUUGGGGUCAAAGGACUCAUCGCUGUUCCGUCAAGUGGUCCGCCACUACGAGAACAAGCAAUACAAAAAGGGUAUCAAAACGGCCGAUCAGAUUCUGCGGAAGAAUCCCAACCAUGGCGAUACGCAAGCGAUGAAGGCUCUUAUUAUGAGCAACUUGGGACAACUCGAGGAAGCGUUCGUUUUGGCCAAAACGGCGCUUAAAAAUGAUAUGAAGUCUCAUGUGUGCUGGCACGUCUUUGGCCUUCUUUAUAGGGCUGAAAAGAACUAUGAGGAGGCCAUCAAAGCCUACAGAUUCGCCUUGAGACUGGAACCCGAGUCGCAGCCAAUCCAGCGUGAUCUCGCCCUUCUUCAGAUUCAGAUGAGGGAUUAUCCGGGCUAUAUACAGAGUCGCAAUACAAUGCUACAAGCUCGACCUUCGUUCAGACAAAAUUGGACAGCAUUAGCGAUCGCUUACCACCUCGCCGGAAAUUUGACCGAGGCCGAGAAUGUACUUAACACCUACGAAGAGACCUUGAAGACCCCUCCGCCUAGGACCGAUAUGGAGCACUCCGAGGCUGUCUUGUACAAAAACACAAUAAUCGCAGAAUCUGGCGAUCUGGAAAGAGCCCUGGAACAUCUUGACACUGCUGGAAAGCGCUGUUCAGAUGUCUUGGCGGUCAUGGAGAUGAAAGCGGAUUACCUUCUUCGCCUCGAUCGGAAGGCGGAAGCAGAGGCUGCUUAUGCCGCUCUUCUCGAUAGGAACCCCGAGAAUUCGCAUUACUAUGAUGGUCUCAUUAAGGCAAAGGGUCUUGCUGAAUCUGACCACCAAGCUCUCAAGGCCGUCUACGAUGAGUUAGUGGAGAAGUUUCCUCGCGGUGAUGCUCCUCGGCGCAUUCCCUUAGAUUUCCUUGAAGGCGAUGAUUUCAAGAAAGCAGCUGAUAGCUAUCUUCAACGCAUGUUGCGCAAAGGCGUGCCAUCCUUGUUCGCUAAUAUCAAGGUCCUUUACGAUCGUCCAGCCAAGCGGGACGCUGUUCAAGAACUUGUAGAGGGAUAUGCAGCUGGAAAGGUACAACCACAAACAAACGGUUCAUCCGAGUCGCAGAAACCUGAAGACAAGACCAUGUUCGAGGCUUCGACCUUCUAUUUCCUCGCCCAACACUACAACUAUUAUCUCAGUCGUGAUCUGCAAAAGGCUAUGGACUAUGUCGAGAAAGCAAUUAGUCUUGUUCCAAAAUCUGUUGACUAUCACAUGACGAAAGCAAGGAUAUACAAACAUUAUGGAGAUCUCCCCAAAGCAGCGGAAGUCAUGGAAGAAGCCAGGAAACUUGACGAGAAAGAUCGCUACAUCAACACCAAAGCAGCCAAGUACCGACUUCGCAAUGACGAAAACGAGAAAGGACUUGAGGAUAUGAGCAAGUUCACUAGAAAUGAGACUGUCGGUGGUGCUCUAGGUGAUCUUCACGAAAUGCAGUGUGUAUGGUACUUGACAGAAGAUGGAGAGUCAUACUUACGGCAGAAGAAACUUGGACUUGCAUUGAAGCGAUUCCACGCAGUUUACAACAUUUUCGACGUCUGGCAGGAAGACCAGUUUGAUUUCCACAGCUUUUCACUUCGUAAAGGAAUGAUUCGAGCCUAUGUUGAUAUGGUUCGAUGGGAGGACCACCUGCGAGAUCACCCCUUCUAUACGCGAAUGGCAUUGUCCGCGAUCAAGGCGUAUGUAUUGUUGCACGACCAGCCCGAUCUUGUCCAUGGACCGACGUUCGCGGACAUGAAUGGCAUGGAUGAGGAAGAGAGGAAAAAGGCUAUCAAGAAGGCUAAAAAGGAGCAACAGCGGUUAGAGAAGGCUGAAGCAGAUAAACAGGAGCUAAAGAAGGCUAGUGCUGCUAAUGCCAAGGGUGCUGAUGGCGAAGUCAAGAAGGAGGACACCGAUCCUUUCGGCAACAAGCUGGUUCAGACAACGGAGCCCCUCAAGGAUGCCAUGAAGUUCCUCACGCCUCUGCUUGAAUUGAGUGCCGGUGAUAUUCGCGCCCAGACCGCUGGAUUUGAAGUCUAUAUCAGAAGACAAAAAUAUGCUCUUGCCUUGAAAUGUCUUCUAGCUGCACAUGCCAUCGAUUCCUUAGAUCCAACGUUACACGUUCAGCUCGUACGCUUCCGUCUCGCAAUCAACGACCUGAAGGAGCCGCUACCCGAAAAGAUCUCAGACGUUGUCCUAAAAGAAUUCGAGGCCAUUCUCCCCAAAUCCACAAACCUCGACGAAUGGAAUAACGCUUACUUGACAUCCCACAAGGAGAGUGUAGACCAUGUGCGCGCGGCACUCUCAGCUCGUUUGCUCAUCAACCCCAACGACAAGCCUACUUGCGAAAAGGAGUUUGUCUCCACCCUCGACCUCGCCAACACGACUUUAGAAAAGGCAGUCUCUGGGUUAGAGACUUUGGAUGAUUGGAAAGCGGACGCUGCUACCAAACAAGCUUACAACGAAAAGGCCCACAAUAAGUGGAAAGAAGCUUCUGCAUUUGUGUCGAAGUAA